GGUGACGUCAGUGCUGUGUGCGAGACAGGCAGAGCGGCGUGCGCUUGGCGAGACAAAGGCGGUGGACCAGGGAACAGGAGAAAGAGGCUAGACACGGAUACAAUUUUCAGAAGGUAUCUGCAUGGAAACGUCAUGAUAGACUCUAAACCAAUGCUAAGAAUGACAGGUCGAUAAAAUAACUCGGAAUCCGGCGGGUGUCGAAUCUUAUCAACAGCGUGUUUCCUCUUAGUUUUUAUAGAAACAUUUUCUCCAACGCCCCCAAUUUAGCAGGCUAGAUAGCAUAGCGCACUCGUAUCCUUCUUUCUCUCAAGAAUAAAAAGAGAGGAAUCGCACCUACACACUUCACAUCGAAAAGUGAAAAGGUGCAUUCGGUAACUACACACACAGUCAACCAAGAUCUGAUGGUAAACCACGGGGACUAUGCCUAGUCCUUUAUUCCACCCCGAGAUUAUGGACCACGACAUGGUAAUCAGCAGUCAGCACAACGGGGUCAUCUUGCCUCGGGAGACAGACCAAGAGUCCCGGGAAGAAGACCACCAAGAGGCGCUUCGCUUCGCCCUGGACCAACUGUCACUCAUGGCCCUAGACAAGGUGGACUGUGGGGGCGGUGGAGGCGGACUAGUUGACCCGCUCGACGGGACUCAAGGACCGGGCUCGGAGAAUUGCAACGGAGUGAGUGGUGGAGGUUAUGUUGAUCUCCAAAUGUUGGAGCAUCCCGGUGGCUCCCGGGACUCCCCGACGUCCUGCUCUCCAUCUCCAGAGUAUUACGGAUCGGGUGGUUACCACAUGGCUGGUCCACACUCUAUGCUUCAUGGGGAACAAAGCUCUGUCCUUUGCAACCGUAAGAGGAGUGUCAACAUGACUGAAUGCGUGCCUGUCCCAAGCUCGGAGCAUGUUGCAGAAAUAGUGGGUCGACAAGGUUGUAAGAUCAAGGCCCUACGUGCCAAGACUAACACAUACAUAAAGACUCCUGUGAGGGGCGAGGAGCCAGUGUUCAUUGUGACAGGUCGCAGGGAGGACGUAGAGAUGGCCAAACGUGAGAUAGUCUCUGCAGCUGAGCACUUCUCCAUGAUCCGGGCAUCUCGUUGCAAGGCGGGGGGAACAGGGCCUGGCACAGCAGGCUCCCUUCCUGGACCUCCUCACCUGCCCGGACAGACCACCAUCCAGGUGCGAGUGCCCUACAGAGUAGUGGGUUUGGUUGUGGGGCCCAAGGGCGCCACCAUCAAGCGCAUCCAGCAACAGACACACACCUACAUUGUCACGCCGAGUCGAGAGAAGGACCCUGUGUUUGAGGUGACUGGGAUGCCUGAGAACGUGGACCGCGCCCGCGAGGAGAUCGAGACCCACAUCACACUCCGAACGGGCGCCUUCGUGGACCUUCAGGGAGACAACGACUUCCACACCAACGGCACUGACGUAAGUCUCGAGGGCCUGGGUUCACUAGCGGGAGGCCUCGGAGCUGCUCUCUGGUCCCGUGCUACCAACCACCACCAGGCCCCUCCUCCUCCACCUCCCCCUCCGCCUCCCCCGCUGCCCCUGGCUAUGCACCACUCCUCCAGCUCUAGGAAGCUGUCCUCCUCCACCUCCUACCACACUCACAACGGUGGCCUGCCCUCCGAGAGCUACAGCGCCACCCGUAGGUCCACUGAGGGAGGCAGCCCCACUAGCCCUUUCAGCACAGGCUCAAGCGGCGCCGGGGGAGGAGGGGGCUUCACUUUCGGGGCGGACUCAACCCCUGGUCUGCCCUCCUCUGAAGAACUUGGGUUUGAGUUCACCGCAUCCAAUAUCUGGGCACCGUUUGUCAACGGGGGAAGCGGAGGGAAGACGUCUGGCUCCUCCCAGCAGCAGCAGCCAGUUCGCCGUAACAGCAGUGGUUUAAGCGGAGGCGCCGUCACCCCCCGUGUGUCCCCCACCCUGCCCCCAGAUGCUGGUGUGGGACCCCUGGAUCACCCGCUGGCCCGCCGGGCCCAGAGCGACCCCCUCAGCACCCUCUCCUGGCUGCAGUCGGGCGGCACGGGGGCAGGUUCCUUUUCCGGGGCCUCCAGCUCCAGUUCAGGGGGCUCAUCCACCGGCUACUCCUCCUGCUCAGCCUCUUCUCUGCCUGGGGGCUCCCCCACCGACUCGGAGGGAGGGGGCAGCGCGGGCUUGGGAUCCAGCAUGCUGGGCCGUCUGAAGGCAGCCGCUGUAGCAGGGGCCCUGGCGGGCGUGGGUCCUGGUGUUGUGAACAGGGAUUGCUUUGUCUGCUUUGAGAGCGAGGUGACUGCAGCCCUGGUGCCUUGUGGCCACAACCUGUUCUGCAUGGACUGUGCCGGGCAGAUCUGUCAAUCGUCUGAGCCCGAGUGCCCUGUCUGCCACACCCCUGCCACACAGUGCAUCCGCAUCUUCUCCUAAUGCUCUCCCCCCCAAAAACAGUAUACGGAGGGGAGGGGAAGAGGAAGAGGUUGUCAUUUAGAAGGAGAAAAACAAAACAAACAAAAAAGGAAAAAAAAGGACUUUACUUACACUCAUAACUAUCCAAAAGACUGCAGGGGUCAUCAACUGUGGAGAAGAGGAAGGACAGAUGGACCGAUUCACACCAAUACAUGUUAUCACACACACAGGAUGGACCAUGACAAUAGGAUGAUUACAUUAUUAGAUACGAUGAUGACACUAUACGGAUGUUGAUUUAUUGCUAAUAACUAUAAUAAGAAUAAUAAUGAUGACAAUAUUAUUCCCUGACUCGAUGUUGAUUGAAACUCUGGACUUUGUAAGCAGUGGAGGCUGGGACCAGAAAGAGGGUCUCAAGAUGGGAAACUAGUGUCUUAUCUUUCUUCAGGCCUUGGUUUGACCUGGGCCAGUCCAUAUCCUGCCCUAGUUCAGUCCCCAGUCUGAGGGUCUGUCGGUCUGUUGUUUUUAUUCUGGCUUCUUAAGAUAUCUCUGCUUUCUCUCUCUCUCUUCCUUUGACACUUUUGUACUUAACAGAUAUUUUUCGAUGAAGCUGUCCUGGGUCUGCACUUUUCUACUCUUUCUUUACAUGUUGUUUGACAGUAUGUACACAGUAAACCAGUCCUCUGGGCUCUCCUGUUCCCUUACUCAUGCAGUCAUAUUACCUAAGGAGAAGGCCGUCAUGGAAGAAUGGGGCCUUGAACUUAUUUUAGGAAGGGCAUAGAAUUAGACACCUAUCAGACCAAAUGAGCCUGAGAGGACCCCACUCUUGCUAGGCUAUAAUGAAGACUGAAACCUAUUUAUACUGCUCGAAAACUGAUCCAGUGUCGUUAAAUGUGUAUUAUAGCAUAGAGUAAGUUAUUGAAGGAAUAUGCCAGAAGAUACAUUUCCCAGCUGUUUUGGUCUGCCUGAAUCUGGCUUGUCUAGAUAGUGAUGUUGCAGAUCAUGUGUUUGUGUGUGUGUGAUGUCAGGAUAGUGAUUUAAGCACCCCUUAGCUAUAUGUUAAAUGGUGGGACUACUUGCGCUAGGUCCAAGUGCAAGAUUUGUCAAUAGGAACAGGUGUGUUAAGUGAAACAUUUUCUCAUCUCACCCAGUGUGGCUUGCCCCCUUGGAAUGUAAAUAUCCAUCUAUCCACACCAGGUGAACUUCCACUGGCCACUCACAUUCUGUCUGUUACAGGUAGCUUUAUAUAGCUCAACUGGUUUGGAUGUGUGGGGUGUGUGACCCAUGUUAACUGACUUACUACUAUUAUUAUUAUUACUACUUUUACAUAGAGUAAUAUGGGGCUUUAAUUGUAUCACACACGGGAAUGUCUUGUUCAAUCUGGGUUUUGGUUAAGGAAAGCACCUGAAGUUUGACCUGUUUUUCUGUGCACUGUGAACCCAGAGCAAUGAACUACAGUGGUAUUCAGACCCCCUCUAAACCUUCCGAAGUUGGUUUAAGAGACUUUUGGUCUUCCAUCCUCUCUUCCACAGCAAAGCUGUCUGGCGCGGUCUCAAAUGAGCCAGAUGUAGUGCACUAUAUGGAGGGCGUUUCGAAUUGGAGAUAUGUCCCCUUGUCUCAGUAUCCUUUCUCAAGUGGAAACUGCAUCUUGUUAGAUUUGUGUGUUAGUGGUUUUUUGUGUUUCACAUCGACUGCCUCGCCUAUGGUGUGUUUUAAGUGGGACAUUUGGUUUUUUUGGUGUGAUAGUUUCCACAGGUGCUGUGGUGGCCCUUCAGACUUACAUGGAAGUCUGCUCAUAGAAUGAGACAUGCCAUGACUAACAAACGACUAUGAUAAAGGGCUUCCUACAACACAUGCAUUUUUCAGGUUCUCAUCAGUGACAAUAGCAAGAAUAUCAACUCCUCCAAUACGGCAGCUAGUAGCUAGUUCAUCCAGGGCUUCCAGACACUGUUAGUGUUCAAAUCCCAACAGCUGCAGAAUGUUGCAUGGUUUUUCUUCUCUGUCUGCUUGGUCUAGGGAACCUUGACCAACACGUUAGGCUAACAUCAUUCACUCUCAACUCUACAUUCUGGGAGUGAAUUCCUACUAGACAGACACUGAAGCCAUGUUCAUGUACAUUCUGAACACAGCUCUCUUUGACGUCAUGUACAAUCUAACACGGUUGGACAGCUCUCACCAACAACAUCACGGGAGGGAUGGAAUGAGUGGAUGUUCUCAAUGGUUUACCUAAUUUCACCUAAUGUGUGUGUUACUCUGGAGGGACUGCGUUUGCCUCGGGUGUGGAGUGCAGCAGCUUUCCUAAUCUAAUAAAUACUGUCCCUUGUUUAUCCCAAACAGAGGUCUCUUUGAUCUGACCGACUCUGUCAGAUAUGAAGGGUAGUUGCAUCCUCAGUUCUGUCCAGUUUCCCAGACUAGCCAGCCUACGGUGCUUGGGUGCAGCUCCCUACUGAGACAUGAGAACAGACCCCACUGGGCACUUUCUGGGGCAGCUGUAGAUGUUCCUUUAGCUAGAGCUCACCUGUAAACCUGGCAUCCCUGUCUCUACUCUUCACUGGGGGGUGUUCUGUGUAAACUGGCAACCCGUCCCUGCUGGGUUUUUAUGUCAAGUGUUUUUUUUCUUCCUUCUAUCCUCCUGCAGGCCCACAUGAAAACAGGGGUGUGAAUGUGUCCACAGGAGCCGUUCAACUUGGACUGUUGUGUGAAUCUUUUUUGUUGUUGUGUUAAGGCCAAUCUGAAGGCCCAGAACUGUGUCCAGGAUGUCGUUCUUCAACUGAAAUGCGUUGAAUCUGUCAGGUGGAUCUAAUGUAGAUUCUUCUGGUGUUCUCACUCCAGGAUAACCCCCUGGCCUAUGGGAGUGUGUGUUAGGGUAAUUGUACAGUAGCAUUAACUGUUAAAAGGUACAGAUAUUCUCUUAUUGACUGCUGAUUUUUAUUUUGCGGAAGCCCUUGCCCCCCCCCCCCCCCCCCCUCCCUCUCCAAGGUUUGAAAACAGGGUUUUUCAUGUAAGGUUAGCCAGUGACCUUUUUGUGAUGACGGUGGAUGUGGAGUGUUUCAGCACUCUGGGGUGAACCAGACCCCCUGGAAUCUCUGCCUUCCUAUUUUUGCUUUAAUUCUUUUGUAUGCAGAACCAAAAUGUUAAUGUCAGCAAACAAGGUUUCAGGCCUGACUUGUAUGUAUAUACCCUGAAUACAAUCAGUGGGAUCUCGUUUUCAAAAGGUUACAAUACUUAAUUGAUGAAGAUAAGUGUAGUUUUUAAGAACAUGUAUCAUUAUUUGUAAGUUAACCAUCUGCAUGUCUUCAAGCCACCUGGCGUUAGCUAAUAAUUUUUAAGAUGAAAAAAAAACAAAAAAAAACUUUUUACACAUUUUAUUUUUACAAUUUAUUUGCUUACCUAAAUAUCCCAGACAAUAAUGU